GUCUCUCAUACGUGCCACGCUUAAAAUGGCCGUUUCAGACGGACGCCUAUAGUCGACUCUGAUAUUGCCUGACGGUCCUGAGAAUAAUAACAAACAAACGCCACUCCAUUCCACCGCCUUCACGGAUAAACGUUAUUUGCCCGUUUCUCCGAUGUUUUAGACCAAAUCUGCAUGUAAUUUUAAGUCUAUUACACGAGCAGCCGAGCAAACUCACUUGGAUUCCGAAAACAAGCGUUCAAAACCAAACGGUUGAAAAUCAAACGCUCGUUUCGGUCGCGAGGUAAUUAUUUUUCUCGCGCGUUUGGCUCUUUUUUUUAAACGUUUCCAGUUUUUAUUCUAGGGUUCGGUUUUUUUUUUCACGGAAACAGUUCGGGAUUUGCUGGAAAGGCAUUUUGAGCAUUUAUUUGAGGGUGGCGCUGUCGAGUCAUGUCUGGAAUUGCUUUGAGUAGACUGUCACAGGAGCGCAAAGCCUGGAGGAAAGACCAUCCUUUUGGUUUUGUGGCUGUGCCGACCAAAAACCCAGAUGGCACCAUGAACCUCAUGAACUGGGAAUGUGCAAUACCAGGAAAAAAGGGGACUCUUUGGGAGGGAGGAUUGUACAAACUGAGAAUGCUUUUCAAGGACGAUUACCCAUCUUCACCACCCAAGUGCAAGUUUGAGCCUCCGAUCUUCCACCCAAACGUCUAUCCUUCGGGUACGGUGUGUCUGUCCAUACUGGAGGAAGAGAAGGAUUGGAGACCAGCCAUCACCAUCAAACAAAUACUGUUGGGCAUCCAGGAGCUCCUGAAUGAGCCUAACAUUCAGGACCCAGCGCAGGCAGAGGCCUAUACGAUAUACUGUCAAAACAGGAUGGACUACGAAAAGCGCGUGAGGGCACAGGCUAAGAGAUUUGCUCCUACAUAGAGAGGCACGUGUACGAUCUUAAUAAAGAAAUUCUUCAGAGAUGCCAUUCUGAUGCUCCAGAAUCCUUCACCACUCAACGAAAACCCCCAAAACCGCAGUCGAGAUUUGUUUAAGCUGGCUUCAGCACAGCACUGAACGAGAACGGGCGCGAAACAAUUCUAAGAUGAAAGCAACAAAGGCAGGUUAACGUUAGCCGCUGAUCACCGACCAGUGUUUUGUAUAGUGAUGGUGAAAUCUUGUUGUUGUUUUUUUUGUUUUUGUUUUUUUUUUGUUUCCGAGGAAAAAAAUGGUUGGUGAUCAGUUGCUAAGAAACAACAUUUACACAGAGCAGAGCUGGUUAAGGUUUCUGUCUAUAUAUAGUAUACAUACAUAUAUAAAAUUCUGUACUUUUAUUUACUUUUUUACGGUUUCAUUAUACUAAAUAAAAUAAGUGUGGCCAUAAUAUAUGUAAUGAGUGUAUGUAUAAUUUGAAAUAAAAUGCUGAAGUGAAAAACGCAGCGUCAGUUUAA